AUGACCGUCUACUCGACAGCUUCGAGCUAUCCAUUCCCGGACCAGCAGUCGACACGAUUGCACAACAACAUCUUCCGCCCACCAAACACUCCUGGACUGUCGCAUGUCGACACUAUGGUUUUUGCAGCCACACCAUCACAAGACAGGCCCGCCUUGACACGAAAACGAUCACGCGCCAACUCCAACAAGGCAAACACUUCGGCNCCUCUGGCCUAUGGCCUGAGAAAUGGUUAUGCGACUCAAGCCAUGAGUCCAGCUCCUCUAGCGAAUGAACACUACACUCUGGAUUACAAGUUCGAUACACCAACAUUAGCAGCUGCUUCACGACACGACGACUUGACUGGAGAAAGAGACUUUCGCUGGAAAUGGGACUCUGGUGACGCUUCGCCUGAACAAGACGCCGCACAUGUGCCGGGUCUGCUGGCGAGGGAGAGGAACGGAAAAGGCAGGACAGUAAGCUAUACCAGUAUGGCGAGCACUAGCGAUGCUUCGGAGACCAAAGGAUGGGGCGGCUUUGCCAUGAAGCUAGUAGGCGGUGUCGUAGGCAAAGUGUGGCACUUUUGUCGCGCGAGUGCCUUUGGUGGCUUCUAUGCUGGUUCCGGACGAGGUUAUGACUUUGCACAACCUACUCAGCUUCCCACUCCACUGCCUGGACAGUAUCCAGCAAACGACUUCUUCGGCGACUUUGAGCAAGACAACACUCCNCAACGUUCGCUCAAGCGACAGCAAACAGAAUCUGGCUGGGUCAUGGUAGACUCGAAUCCGGAAGCACCUCGUCCGUCCAACCGCAACACAUCCACGGACAACCUCACCCAUCUCGGCGCCACAAGGGCAAGUAGUCGUCGAGCUCUCAGCUCAGUAACACGACGCGCUCCCUCACGCCAAACUUCAUACACUGGCUCUCCUCAAGCACAACAAUCCCGUCUCGACGUCUUUAGCCAGGCAUUUGCGGAUCGUUCCGCCACAACUGCGACCACAGCCUCUACAGCCUCCACUCGGUCUGUUACACCCCUGCGCCCUGCAAUCGUCGCACACCGUUCACCCGUCACCACACCCAUCCGCACAAGUUUUGGUGCAGACCGUCGAUCCAGCAUUGCCAGUGCAAACGGAGACAAUCUAAGCCCCGAUGCACAACGCUUCCUCCACCGCAUUGAAAGAAAAGACCGAGAUGCCGACAAAAGCAUGCGCAAACUGGAUCGUCAAAUUCAAGACUUGAUUCGACAAGGUCAAGCUGCUCUAGGCACCAAGUUUGAAGUCGAGUCUGACGAUACUGACAUUAAUGAUGAUGGUGAUGACUGGGAAGAUGCUCGCAAAUGA